CCCUCCCAUCUUUUAAACCCCAUGGCUGUCAGAAAUGAGUUGCUUGUACUGUUCAAGAAGUGUUGGGGAUAUGGAGGACAUCUAAUGGCCACUUCGAGUCUAGUACAAUGUAGAACAUUGAUAUCCACCUCAUGGAAGCUGUCACAAGAUAAGGGAUCCUUUGAGAGUCCUUCUGCUCGACUAAAGAGGUCAUUUCAGUUACUAGACCUGGAACAGGAUGAAUGCGCUGAGGAAGAGAUACGAAAGGCGUACAUUAGACUAGUGAAGAAGUAUCAUCCUGACUCCAGCUCUGGGGAGACCAACGCAGACCACUUUAGUGAGGUGAGGGAAGCUUACAAGAAGUGUAUGAACUAUGUGAAGAAUGUGUCAAUGACUCGUGACAUUCACGAAGCUCUGGAACAGGAGCUAGAAGACUUGGACAAGGCUUUAGGAUACUCUAUUACUAAGCAACGACGACUAGCCCAUCGUCAUUACCUGUCGUAUGAUGUGGGGGUUGGGUCAAUCUCCCAACGCCAGAGAGCACAUACUCAACAGAGAGUGGGACAAGCUAUGGACAAUGUGUUUGAGCAACAGUUCCAAAAAGCACUGGAAAAUCCAGACGUUAAGGAGUUAGCACCAUAUGAAAAAGGACGGAAAGUUCCCGGGGGAAAGACAACCAAGUCAGUACAAAGAAUAGCAAAUGAGAUCAUAUACGAUUCAAUGAAGCGUGGUGAAUUCGAUAACCUCAAGGGCCAAGGAAAACCACUCAAGGUAGAACCUGUCAACCCUGUACUGGACAAUGUGGAGCAAAUAAUUAACAAGAUGUUGGGUAAUUCUGGUUUUGCUCCAGAGUGGAUCGGUCUUGAUAAAGAGAUACGAACAGGUAUGGAGAAAGUGAAGACAGACAUUGAAACGGCUUGGAACAAAUGUGGCCCUCUCCCUAUGGGCCUGGAGCAACACAAGCACUGGGAGCAGCAACUGAUGGAGUUUGAAGAGACUAUAAACGUUAUUAAUAAGAAGAUAUUCGAUCUAAACUUGAUUGUACCCUCGUUAACUAGUCAGAGAAGUCAUCUCAGAUUGGAGAGGCUGUUAGUCAAAGUUAUGGAGGUCCCACCUGUUAGACCGAGGACUGAGACAAUGGAGGUCGUCAAGAACGAGAGUGAAGUGGAUCCAUUGAAAACUUUGUAUGAGAGGACUGUAAAUACAGUUAGCCAUUGGCUUCAUUGGUGGAAGUAAUUCUUUUUCUCUUUUUUUCAUCCCAUUGUCAUAAUAAUAUUGAUAUACAAAAUAUUCAAACGGCAACAC